CUCAUUCACUCUCACUGUGUGUGCGUCAACGAGCGGUCUCUGCUGCUGCUCGGGACAAAACCGCACGCAGCUGCUUUCAUUUUCCAGCGCUCGAGACCGCGCGAUCAGGAGGGGAGCUCGCGCUUCUUGCUGCAGGGAUAUCACCUCUGAUGGAUUUGAUGAGUGUCGGCGUGUGGUUUAUCCCGUGGAUGCGGCUGUCGGGGUCGGUGUCUGAGCCCUGCAGGAUCAGCCUGUCAUAGGGCAUCAUGAUUUCUCUGGUUCUUCACAAGUGGAUGAGGAAUAUUUCUCCAGAGAUGUUGUUGCUGGUGCCGAUAUUGUGGUUUUUACCUCUGACUGGAGCGGCUCCUUCUCUGACUACCGAGCAGCUGGACACGGGGGUGGACUGGCUGAGCAAGUUUGGCUACCUCCCGCCCCCUGACCCCGUUACUGGUCAGCUUCAGACCAAGGAGGCCCUGACCAAAGCCAUCAAAGCCAUGCAGAAGUUUGGAGGGCUGAAGGAGACUGGAGUCUUUGACCAAGCCACACUGGGCCUAAUGAAAACACCCAGAUGUUCUCUGCCAGAUGUGUCUGAGGCAGAGGUGACAAUGGGCCGCAGGAAACGAAGCCUGACUCCUCAGAACAAAUGGCAUAAGAGGCAUCUGUCGUGGAGAGUGAGGACUUUCCCUAAGGAUUCGGCCUUACUGGGCAGGGACACUGUUCGAGCCCUGAUGUACUACGCAUUAAAGGUCUGGAGUGACAUUGCACCACUGAACUUCCAUGAGGUGGCAGGAAGUGAUGCAGACAUUCAAAUCGACUUCACUAAGGCCGACCACAAUGAUGGAUAUCCCUUUGACGGACCAGGGGGCACCGUGGCGCACGCGUUUUUCCCCGGAGAGAGGUUCACAGCUGGGGAUACACACUUUGAUGAUGAUGAGGCCUGGACCUUCAGAUCUCCAGACUCUCAUGGGAUGGAUCUGUUUGCGGUUGCAGUCCAUGAGUUUGGUCAUGCUAUCGGCCUGGUCCACACCUCAGCCAUGGAGUCCAUCAUGAGACCGUACUACCAGGGUCCUGUAGGAGACCCUCUGAAAUACGACCUACCCUAUGAAGACAAGGUCCGCGUCUGGCAACUCUACGGUGUCAGAGAUUCUGUGUCCCACACAGACCGACCAGGCAACCCCUCCCAGACAGCUGAACCUCCUGUCCUGCUGGACCUUCCUGAAAACAGAUCCACUGUUCUGCUGGCGCGAGAUGCCCCAGACAGAUGCACCAGUCACUUUGAUGCAGUGGCCCAGAUACGAGGGGAGGCCUUCUUUUUCAAAGGAAAGUACUUCUGGCGACUGACAAGAGAGAAGCACCUGGUGUCUCUUCGUCCCGCUCAGAUCCAUCGCUUCUGGAGGGGCCUCCCAACCAAUUUGGACAGUGUGGAUGCUGUGUAUGAGAGGCCUGGGGACCACAAAAUAGUAUUUUUCAAAGGUCUAAAGUACUGGGUAUUUAAAGACAAUAACGUGGAAGAGGGUUACCCUCGUCCAAUCAGUGACUUUGGCCUACCCUUGGAGGGCGUGGAUGCAGCCUUCGUUUGGCUACACAACGACAAAACCUACUUCUUCAAGGACAACCACUACUGGCGCUACGAUGACCACCUGAGGCGCAUGGACCUGGGCUACCCUAAAGACAGCACGCUUUGGAAGGGGCUGCCACCAAACCUGGACGACGCCAUGAGGUGGUCUGAUGGCUCGUCCUAUUUCUUCAGGGGGAAGGAGUACUGGCGAGUGCCUGGCAGUGACAUGGAGGCGGAGGCAGGAUACCCCCGCCUCAUCGCUAAAGACUGGCUGCUGUGCACCGAGAUGCAGUCGGACUCUCCAGACAUAGAGCCCAAAAGCACGGAGACGAGAGGCAACGCGCACCAUCACCCAGACCACGCAGAGAAUGGAUACGAGGUGUGCUCCUGCACCUCUGACACCGCCUCGCCUUUGGGCGCCCGCCCCUCCCCAUCUCCCAUGUGGCUGCUGCCACCACUCUGGACGCUCUCGCUGGCUCUCCGCUCUGAACUGCUAUGAUGCCAAAGCACGGGACAAAGUUCCUGAGCUGAUUGGUGGAGGGCCAGUGGACAUUCAGUGGAAGCAACAACUGGAAAAUGUAGUUCUUAUUAUAUCAUUUGGUAUCCUUUUGCGCUUUUUGCGCAUUUUGCUGUUAUUUAUUUUACACAUCACGUGGUAGGCACUGCCAACUAAAGCAGUCAUCCUUAUGGGCAUCCACCCACUCACAAUGCUUUACAAUGUUUUUUAUUGAAUGGUCAAACUGCCUCAUCUCUGCAAGGAAAAAGGUUACUGAAUAGAAAUGUAUUCCAAGAGCACCGACAGUGAUUUUUUGUCUUCAUGUGCAGCAGGUUUACAGCAGCAAUGCCUCACAUACAGACAAGUUAUAAAGGCAUCCUGGGAUGUAGGCAGGUGCAAAGGUGAACAGCAUGCCAACACACACACACUUGUUGCCUAUUUUAUGGAAUCACAGCAGAUGCUUUAUAACAGGGUCGGUUCACUAAAAUGAGCUCAAAAUUAGUUCAAAAUGACCAAAAAACAUAUUUUCACACUUACCUCUGGUAUGAGAGAUGGUUCUGUUUUUAUGUAAUAGUUUCUGCCUCCACUUCAAGGUGAGAGGAAUUACGUUUGCGCUGUUCAACACACUGGAAAAUGACAUUUGAAAAACUCCACUGUAGUGUGUCUUUGCAAAUACAAAGUCAGUGUUACUCUGAAUAAUCCGCAGAACUCAUAAGGAUUAUUUGCUCUGUUAAAAGUAGUUCCAGUGAAAACAGUUUACAACAAGGCCUGUAGAUUAUCCAGAGAAACAGGGACACUGUUUCUUAAAAGACAUGAUGCUGUUUUAAAAGUUUUUAAAGUCAUUUUUCACCACUAACCACUUUCCAUUCCCCCUCCAUCAUAUUGGAUGUCUCAGAAACUGUGGAAAUAAACCCAAAACUAUUUACAUGGCAGGAUAGCACCAGUGGUAACUGAGAAAAAUACACACACACAUAUCCAUCCAUGUUUAGUCUAAGGUCGGAACUAGCUCGACUAAAGUGCUCCGUGAUAAGCAUGAAUGUUUAUGAAUGGGCUCCUAGUCCUACUCUGCAGACAGUGUGUAAACUUCUUACUGUGAGAGCUGUAAGGGUGGACGGAUGAGUAGGUGGAUGGACUCCGUCAGCGCCAGUUUCCUUGCCUAAAUCCCUCAACUGUACUCUGAAGUGAGGAGCUGCUGCUCAUGUGCGUAUUUCCAUGGAUUCAUCAUUUUCACCUCCAGUUCGGAAGCAUACCCUCUUCUUGGUUUAAUCGUAUCUUUUGUAUCAAAUUCAGAUGAAAUAAUAUUCCUGUUUAUUUCACAUAGUUUUGAUCAGGUCAUAGAGUUUAUAGAGCCUUUUUGUGACUGUUGGACAAUUUCCUUAAUCGCCCUUAGCUCCUUCUGAAGACAAAAGUCACAACUUGGCCCCUGGAUUUAUUCUUACUGUAAAGAUAUAUUUACCUAUAGACUGAUAUAUUUGAGUUGAAAGGUUCUGCAGUUAUUGCAUAACCAAGUGGACUGUGUAUAUUUUACGCUGUGUUUUCUAAUGUAAAAUAUUUUUGUAGAAAAAUAAAAAAAAAUAUGAAUGAC